GCCGCAGUCGUGCGUUGUCCUUUGCUGCUGUCGGUUGUGUCCGCGCUAUCCGGUAACUGUAUCCUCCAGUGGUUAUCCUGUAUCAGGGCCCUCGACUUUCUCGGAGCCAGCUCCUCGGCAGCACACACCUGUGCGCUAUCGCCCUCCACUGACGACGACGAGUAACGGUUUGGCAAACGAAACGAUUGGCAAUAAUAUCAGUCAUCAGAACGAGAACAAAUGUCAUACGGCAUGUCGUCCCUAUUCCAUGGCAUAAGUGCGACACUUGGAGCUGCAAACUAAUAGCCCACUGACAAACUAAAAGCCCAUUACCAUGACGCUGCUGCAGAGACUCCAGGCCAUGUCGGCCACCACGACCAGGACAAUACUGGAGGGCAGCAUCAGUAGCAUCGGUGGCAUCAACAGCAUCGGUGGCGGGAAUGAGGAGCCGCUGGCGAGUAAACUACCCGUUCUGGAGGAGUCCGGCUCGCAUGCCAGAUAUUUGAAAUUCAUUGCCGACGGGCUCAUCGACGAGGGACUGGGCAGUGCGGUGGGCAGUGGGAGCAGCAUCGCCGUAUCCGUCGAAGACGUGGUCGCCGGACACACGCAGGACAUGCAGGCGAGCGAAGGAUCCACCGACGACGCCGACGGCAGUAGCCAUCUGGCAUUAGUCUUCGUCAAGUGUUUCAUUAUUGGUUUCAUCAUACUGGCCGCCAUCCUGGGCAACAUGCUGGUGAUUGUGUCCGUCAUGCGGCACCGGAAAUUGCGCAUCAUUACCAACUACUUUGUGGUCUCUCUGGCCGUCGCCGACAUGCUGGUGGCCCUCUGUGCGAUGACAUUUAAUGCUUCCGUCAUGAUCUCGGGCAAGUGGAUGUUCGGAUCCGUGAUGUGCGACAUGUGGAACAGCUUCGACGUCUACUUCUCCACCGCCAGCAUCAUGCACCUCUGUUGCAUAUCGGUCGACAGAUACUACGCCAUUGUCCAGCCACUGGACUAUCCACUAAUCAUGACACAGCGGCGCGUGUUCAUCAUGCUACUGAUGGUGUGGCUGUCUCCGGCGCUCCUCUCGUUCCUGCCCAUCUGCUCCGGAUGGUACACAACGACCGAGAACUACAAGUAUCUCAAAUCGAAUCCGCAUAUAUGCGAGUUCAAAGUGAACAAGGCGUACGCCAUCGUCAGCUCGUCGAUGAGCUUCUGGAUCCCCGGCAUCGUGAUGCUGUCGAUGUACUACCGCAUUUACCAGGAGGCCGACCGGCAGGAGCGUCUGGUGUACAGAUCCAAGGUGGCCGCCCUGCUGCUGGAGAAGCAUCUACAGAUUAGCCAAAUUCCCAAGCCCCGGCCGAGCAUUCAGGUGGAGCAGUCGACCAUCUCGACGAUGCGGCGUGAGCGGAAGGCCGCCCGCACCCUGGGCAUCAUCAUGAGCGCCUUCCUCAUCUGCUGGCUGCCGUUCUUCCUCUGGUACAUCGUAUCCUCGCUGUGCGAUAGUUGCAUCACUCCGCGCCUGCUCGUUGGCAUCCUGUUUUGGAUCGGCUACUUCAACUCGGCCCUGAACCCCAUUAUUUAUGCAUACUUCAACCGCGACUUCAGGGCCGCCUUCAAGAAGACCCUCAAGAGCCUCUUUCCCUACGCCUUCUACUUCUGUCGACGCGGCAGGGGGCGGGAUGAUGAUCGGGAUCUGGAGUUCGGCGGUCCCAGUCGCCGUGGUACCAAUGGAGCCCAACGCACCGGAUCCGGAUCCGCCGAGAUGGCCAACUGCGUCAACUCCACGGCCUCGUCGGAGAUACACAUGAGCGUGAUGCGUGCCCGCCAGUAUGCCGUCAAUGUCACACCCACCACGGACGCCCAGAUGCAGCAGCUGCAUCCUCUGUAUACAAACUAAAAACGAAAUACACACAUGGCGUAUACUUGAUUUCAACUCCAGUGCUUCACAACGUCUGUUCAUGAGAUGAGUGGCGCAGUGCACAGCAAGUGUUCUCCAGAAACCAGAUUGCCAGCUUACAAAUACAAAUCACUCGACAAAAACAUUCCUCAAAAUGGCUGCUAAGAGGCUGCUAAAAAAGAAUUUAACCACAAAUAAUAGAUAAAGCAACAGCAGAAGCCACAGCAACAGCAACAAUACGACAAUCCCACAGAUUAAAGAAAGCCUUCAAGAGCAGCAAAUUGACGUGCAAAAUAAAUUGAAAUAUUAUAAACGUAUUUCGACAUACAUAUUUAUGUAGAUGUCAUGGAGUCAGGAAUUUCAUAAAGCGAUGUUUAUAAAUGCGCAUGCAAAUAGAAAUAUAAAUUGAAUGUUUGAUAUACGUAUAUAAAAAGCUAGAUGUUAACCCCAAAUAAUAAAAUAUGAAAUAUGCAUUGAAAGGUACUCUAAAACGAACCGCAAAUAAAAGCUACACAAGUACGCAGUGAGAAAAAGAGUAGGUUUUAGGUCUGGUUGAACUGCUGAACUAAAUCCAAAUAUUAUUUAUCUUUGCAUUGAAAGGUGUUCUAUUGUUUUAAACUUACACUUUUACAACUAUCAAGACUUCUCUGUUUUCUUACAUUUUAUUCGACUAGCGAAUAAAGACUGACACUUUUAUUUAUCAGUGAUUUAAUAAUGAUUUAAUUGAAACAUUAUGUACAUACUCAAAGCACUCAGCCAGGCCUUAAAUCCACUUCAAAUCUCCACUAAACAAUGGAAACUAAUGUUAGUAGUAGCAGAAUGUUCGUAUUGUUUGUAAAACUCAUACUCUCAGUUCUUAUAGAUAUAAUGACAACGCUCAUUUGAUUCGUUAAAUACAUUAACAUAAUCUAGUUCAUUGAAAUACAAUCAAAUUAUAUAUGUCAUAAUACAUAACCAGCGAAGGGAUUCACUCGCAUUAAGAAUACAUAUAUUUAUAGAGCCUACAGCACGACUAACAUAUCCAUUGGGUCUUUAGCCUCAACUUUGAUGUUUCCCGACUCCAAGUCCCAUAUUGUUGUUGUAGUCGAACUAGCUCUAGAGCUAUAUAUAUAUUAUAUACGAACUAUACGUGUAGCCACAUAUAUAGUAUAUGUGUGUAACUUUCGACACAUGGAUGCAAGUGACAUUCAUGGAACUGUUUUGUAAUCUUUUGAGCAGGUGCGUCUAAUACCCGAAAUGCUUUUCUCUUGCCUCGACAAUCUCAACAAGGCACAAUAAACUAAAUCUGCAGACCUCCAGACUUCAAGCCUGUUUAGUUGACACUCGACUUUCGCUUUCGACUCGAAAUUAGUUGAGUAGGAGAUAUUGUAUAAGGAAUAUUACCAGUAACUGCCACGCCCCCUGCGCGAAUUUGUCACCGCCAUUGCGCCCAUAAAUCAAAGGUGCUUCAGCGGAAAGCUGGCUAAAAUUGUUUGCACAAAAUAUCAAAUCGUUGCAAAAAGUAUAUAUACGACAUGCAUAAAACGCCGACUUUUUCCUACGAUUCGCAGUCAUUAUUUAAAGCGCCGGCUUAAGAGCUCACCGCCGUGGACAAAUGAGCAUCUCCCCUCUCUGUCGGCAUGACUACACCCCUCCUUGUCUCGCCGCCGCCCCCCACCCCCCAUCGCCAAGUGGGCGUGUCAAUAUUUGCUUUAUUUAACUCUCGACACUUUGUUUAAACUGCAGAACGCCCACGAAAAAGUUGGUAGCUAGCAGCAGCGUUGAUAACAUUUGAAAUGUAGCCAAAUAUUGUUAACUAAAUUAGCGUCGAACGAUAAGAAGCUGAAGUACAAAAUGCGAAUGCUCUUUAAACCGUUUUGCUUCGACUAAAAUAACUUGAAUGUAUUUAUUUCUGGUUGCAUAAGUCAUUUCUUUGUUGCCACAAGUGUUUCCAGGUGCAAUGCACUUUUGUAACACGAGGAAACAAAUCAGCCGUUUAUGUAUCUCAGCAAAUCAAAAAUAGAACAAAUAUUUUCAGUAUACUCGAAGUUACAAAAUGUAUACUUUAUUAGGGGCUGUACCUCAAUUUUAAAUCAUAUUUUCCAGUUUUUAGUAAUACCCCUUUGACUUAGGGUAUUUUUUCGUGGAAGUGUGGCACGUGUCCGUAAACCACCUGGAUCACAGCGGCAAUAACAAAAACAGCCAUAAUUAACAAAAAUACGAUUUAGUUGAAACGCGAAUUGCCAUGUCAACUCAUGGGAGCAUGUGACUUUCGUCGAAAAGGUAAAUAAUUAAAUAAUGACAAUUAGUUGAGUCGCCUAGAAAAGUGCGCUGACGAGUCAUUCCAUGAUGCAAUCCCAGAUAAGUUGGCGAAUCUCGCACUCCAUAUAAAUCCCAUGGGUGACAAUGACUUGAGCAACUAUUUCUGCCAGCGAAUGUUUGAAGAUCUCAUAUGACUGAUUCCUUUAAUUUGGUUUUCUACGUUUUCACACCGUACGUUGCUAGUAGAAAUACAAAGUACCUAAGAGAUAUUACCACUCUAAGCAUAUAAAUCAGCUGAAAGAGGCUCAAUGUUCAAACUAAACAAAUCUUACGGAGCACUCGCGAAAAUCUAAGCCAAACCAAAUUGAAAUACAUUAAAUGUCCAACGGGAACGCUGAGCUGAAGCUUAUUUUGUAGCACAAAUACAAACUGAGUGUCUAAUAAUAAUAAUAAUGGUAGUCAGAUAAUUGUUAAAUAUUGAAUGUAUUAUGCAUGUGAAUAGUUGAAAUCGAUUCAUUAAAGCGCGAAAAUAAAAAGAGAAUUUUAAAAGCAGACCACAUAAAGGUAAUUACAAAUUAAUGCUAAAUUCAUAUAUUCAUACGUAACUCGGCCACAGGGCAUUAAAUAUGAACCACAAAUAAAAGUGACAACCAGCGGAAAAUGUUAAUUAACUUGUGAACAAUAUUUACAAACAACCAAACGUCAGAAAGCACGAAUCUUGUGGUCGAUUGUCGGUCAAUUUCGGAAUUGUACUCAGAUACCUUCCAAGUUUAACGAGCGCAAAAAAAAAAAAAAAACAUUAGGCGAAACCGAAAACCCUCGACUUAAGUAAAUGUUAACAUGUGCGUUUUUCAGUGGAAACUAUAUUAAAUUAUACAUAUAUAUUUAUUAUACAAAGGGAUAUGUUUACGGUGUGUGCAUGUAUGCAUGUAUUGUAUAUAGUAUCGCGAUACAUAUAAAUUAAUGAAAUGAAGCAAUUACAAUCGUAUGGAAUAAAAGUAAAGGUAAUAAUAAAAAGGUUCAAAACAUCAUAUGA